AUGUCUGGAGCAGCAAAGUCCCCCGCUAAAAAGAAGCUAGUUGUGCCUAAGAAGCCAGUCGAACAUCCAUCUUAUUUUGAGAUGACCAAGGCUGCCAUCCAAGCGCUGAAAGAGAGAAACGGUUCCUCCCGCCAAGCCAUUGAGAAGUAUAUCAAAGCCAACUACAAGGUUGGUGAGGUCAGCUCACAUUUGAAGAUGGCUUUGAAGAGGGGCGCUGAAAGUGGAAAACUCCUCCAAACUAAGGGAGUUGGUGCUUCGGGAUCCUUCAAGCUGCCUAAGGAAGAAAAGAAGGACAAGAAACCGAUAAAGAAGCCAGCUGCAAAGAGGGAGCCUGUUGCCAAACCAAAGAAAUCCUCCGCCAAGAAGUCAGCAAAGAAACCAGCGGUUAAGAAGCCAGAAGCGAAAAAAACCUCAGCUAAGAAGCCAGUAGCAAAGAAACUCGCGGACAAAAAACCGACAGCAAAGAAACCCGCAGCCAAGAAGCCCGCUAAGAAAAGUCCCACUAAAAAGCCCACCAAGAAAUCGGCAGCCAAGAAAGCCUAA